AAACUGCAAUACUCAAAGUGAUUAAAACCCUCUUGAUAAGAUAUGGAAGACUAUCGAUUGAAGCAAUUAAUAGAAGAGCAAUUAAAGUAUGAUAAGGCGAAAUUUCGAAGAGCAGACUCCCAAGAUGAUCACGAGAUUGCUAAAGAAUUGCAAAGACAAUUUAACCAAGAAGUUGCUGUUGAAAACCCAUCAAAUUUAGUUUAUGAAACUAAGAAAAAGAAUAUUGAUAACACCAAAUCGUUGGUCGAUCCUUCAUGGGAAUUGAUUGAUCCAACACCAAAUAUUCACAAUCUCUUCAUAGCAUUUAAUCAGCAAUAUUUUUGGAACAAACUUCUCUCAGUGUGUGUUUCUUGGAGUAAAAGAAUGACUACAUGUGCUGGCAUAUGUUCAUAUCAGCCAAGGGGUGGUAUGUGUAGUAUAACAUUAAGUGAACCUUUAUUAAAACUGAGGCCUAGAAAAGAUUUAGUUGAAACCUUAUUGCAUGAAAUGAUACAUGCUUUUUUAUUUGUUACACAUAAUAACAGGGAUCGAGAUGGUCAUGGUCCUGAGUUUCACAAACACAUGUACAGGAUAAAUGGUGAAGCAGGGACAAAUAUUACAGUUUAUCACACUUUUCAUGAUGAAGUGAGAUUAUACAAGCAGCACUGGUGGAAAUGUAAUGGUCCAUGUCAACAUAACAGACCUUUCUUUGGUAUGGUCAGGAGAGCAACAAAUAGAGCACCUGGACCAAAUGAUAGAUGGUGGGCAGAACAUUCUAGAAAUUGUGGAGGUACUUUCAUCAAAGUGAAGGAACCGGAGAAAAGCACCAAGAAAAAAGAAGGAAAAGAAAAUACUAAACCUAAAACAACUCCUAGGGUUAAUAACAGCACAAAAGGCAGCAAAAUCAAGUCUCCACCUCCCAAACAUAAAGAUAUUAGGAAUUUCUUUCCUGUCACGGAUACUAGUCCCAAUAGAAAUAAUCCUAUAAGUUCAAAUCAAAGAAAAAUGCAUGAUAAUACAAAAAUACAGAAUAUCAAUGGAUUUCAACCUGGACAAAAUGGAUCUCUUGAACUUAGAAAUCAAGAAAUUGCCACUCCUAAACAAAGUAUAGUUCUAUUUAAUGGUUCUGGUCAUGUACUCGCUACUUCCAAGAAAACUCUUUCAAGCAAAGAUGAUUAUUCCGCAGUGCGCAACCGCUGGCUUGAUAAGUUUGAUAACGAUCAUAAAAAUAGUACACCGUUCAAAGUCCCCGCGGCAAAACGCCAAAAAUUAGAUUUAGUGCCCUGUCCAGUAUGUAACGAACAACUUGCAAAAGGCGAACUCAAUCAGCAUUUGGACAUAUGCCUUAAUAAACCAUCUACUUCAAACUCGGCUACUACUGCUGUUGGUUCUGAGAAUCUUAUUGAAUGUGAUAUUUGUGAUGAAUGGAUUGAUUCGCAUGAGCUUGACGCUCACAAGCAAAUGUGUAUACAAAAUGUAAGCACACAAUUAGAUUCUACUGCAUCCAGGGAGUGCCCGAUCUGCAAGGAACUACUUUGUGGGAGUAUUUACGAUGCACAUGUGGCUGCCUGCGUAAUGAAGGGUGUAGAUGAUGCAAUUAGUAAAGCAAAUGAAGCUGAAGAAACUGUCAAAUGUUUAGUAUGCAAGAAAACCGUGCUAAAAAGUCUUCUUAAUCAACAUUUGGAUGACUGCAUGUCAGAUGAGAUUUUUAUGAACGAUGACGAGAAGGAACAGUUUUUUGAUGAUGAGUUUGAGAAUAGUUUUGAUAACAGCAAAGCACAUCAUGAGAAUAUUGAUACAAUUGAACUUGAUGAUAGUUUAGAUGACGGAAAUGAAGGUAAAGUUAAUGAUAGUACAGUUACUUGCCCUGUUUGUCAGAAAAAAGUUGAAGGAAAGUUGAUAAAUACUCAUUUGGAUAGUUGUUUAGGUUGAUAAUGUGAUCUCUUUUUCCAAUCUCUUAGUAAUUAUGUUUUAAAUAAGCGAUUUUGUAAAAACUAACUUAUAAUAUAUAUUUUUUGGCAAA